UCGGGUGACGUCAGCGACCCGGUCCCCACCGCCGCCGCUGCAUCCUCGGUGCCUGCCAGGAGCCGGCGUCCCGAGCCCCUCGCGCCAUGGCUUCGGUGGCUCUGAUGCCGCUCCUGCUGCUGCUGCUGCUGCUGCCUCCACCUGCCACUCCCGCGCCGCCUGCCCGCGACCCCUUCGCCCCGCAGCUCGGGGAUACGCAGAGCUGCCAGCUGCGGUGCCGCGACCGCUAUCCUGGUCGGCAGCUCUCGCAGGCAGAGCUUGAGGAGGAGGACCCCUCUGAGUCCCCAUAUGAGUAUGACAGGGCUGUCCUGAUCAGUGCUUGUGAGCGAGGCUGCCGCCUCUUCUCCAUCUGCCGAUUCGUGGCGAGGAGCUCCAAGCCCAAUGCCACCCAGACUGAGUGUGAAGCAGCCUGUGUGGAGGCCUAUGUGAAGGAGACAGAGCAGCAGGCUUGCAGCGAGGGCUGCUGGAGCCAGAACCCGGAGCCGGAACCUGAGCCUGAGCCUGAGCCAGAGCAGAAGAGAAAGGUCCUGGAAGCUCCAAGUGGGGCCCUUUCACUCCUGGACUUGUUUUCUACCCUCUGCAAUGACCUUGUCAACUCGGCCCAGGGCUUCGUCUCCUCCACCUGGACAUACUACCUGCAGACUGACAAUGGGAAGGUGGUGGUGUUCCAGACCCAGCCUGUGGUAGAGAGCCUGGGGCAUGAAGGGGCCCGACUGCAGCGAGUAGAGGUGACCUGGCGGGGAUCCCACCCUGAGGCCUUGGAGGUACACGUGGACCCUGUAGGUCCCUUGGACAAGGUGAGGAAGGCCAAGAUCCGAGUCAAGACCAGUAGCAAGGCCAAGGUGGAGUCCGAAGAGCCGCAGGACAAUGACUUCCUCAGUUGCAUGUCCCGGCGCUCAGGGCUCCCUCGCUGGAUCCUGGCCUGCUGCCUCUUCCUUUCUGUGCUGGUGAUGUUGUGGCUGAGCUGCUCCACCCUGGUGACCGCGCCUGGCCAGCAUCUCAAGUUUCAGCCCCUGACCCUGGAGCAGCACAAGGGCUUCAUGGUAGAGCCAGACUGGCCCCUGUACCCUCCCCCGUCGCAUGCUUUUGGGGACAGCCCCCCACCCUACAAGCUGAAGCUGGAUCUGACCAAGCUGUAGGUCUCCAUCCACCGAUGCACUGUCAAGUGCAGGGGCUCCGCGAGCCUCACUUGCCCUGUGCCCAGGAGUCCAGACCAGGGUGGGACUGUCCUUGGGCUCCUCUACCCCUGAUCUUUCUUCCUUCCCCAGUCCCGCCCCUUGCCCCUCUGGGCCCUGGGAUUGCCAUGCCCCCACUGGGGGCGGGGGGAUCUGGCCUUGGUUCCUCCCUGCUCCCCCUCUUCCCAGAGUGUGCUACUUUUGUCUUCUAUCUUGUAGCUUCUUGAGUAUUUGAACCCCAGUUCUGUACUGCCUUCCUCCUUUCUCUUUUCUCUCCUCUUGGAGAGUGGGGGCUUGAGGCACAGGGGAACCACCUUGUGCGAGGGCCCCCUUCUUUUACCCACCUCACCUCCAGAGAUCCAGUCCCAAGAGAGGAGGCCCCUCAGAGAGGAGGUGGUGGGCAGCUCCAUGCUGGGGGGGGGGCGGCUGAGGCUGGGGUGGCAGCAUGGGGGUCGGGAGGAAUAAACCAUGUACAUAAAAGAUAUUUUGGACUGAGCCUA